GCACAGGACGGGCAGACCUUGGGCCAAAGAAGAGAGACGGGGAAGAGAUUUGAGGAAAGGAGAAAAGGGGGGAAAACAACCCAGAAAACUUCAGCAUCAUGAUCGUCUUCCAGUCCCCAGUGCAGCUUCUGGUCCUCGGAGCCUUCCUGGUGUCUCCGGCUUCACUUCAGCCCUCUCCCUGCGAGGUUGUCAGGAACACGGCUGCCUACGGCUCCUACCAGCUCAGCGUACAUCCCCUGUUUUACAAACCAAAUUCAAUCUACACAAUAUCCAUCCCCGGGAUCGAAAACGGCACCUCUGUUAUCCUCCAAGCGGUGACCUCCGACGACGGCGCUUCCAACGGCAUGUGGGAGAUGGAAAACCAUCUCCUGAGCUGCAGCAAGACUGAGAAUCUGGUGCAGAGGAACAUCACGUCCAGCGGCACACGGACACGCUGGACGUCCCCGAGCAACACCAACGUGGCGUCCGCACAAAUACGGGCUUUUGUCUCCUUUGCCAAUGGCACAACCCUGCUGCAGACGCAGAACCUGGUCAGAGAUGCAGAUGUUGCAACAACACCAUCAGCGGCCACCCAUCCAACCACCGAUUCCCACAAGCCAACGCUCCACGGCGACUCCACUCACACCCAUGUCGUCCUCAACGCAACCAUGAACCACCACAACCUGGCUUCCUCCCACCAGUGGACCAAGGGCCCGAACAGCUCCGUCUCCAUGGCCGGAGCCAGCUCUUUCGUUCUAGCAGUUCUGCAGCUUUUCUCCAUUUCUCUUGGGUACAAACUCCUCUCCUAAGAUGACAAUUGGAACAAAAUGCCGAAGCCAUGGCGCGAGCUUCCACCUGAGUUUCCAAGUAGAAUGUGAAGAAGGGAGAGCUGACCUCCUCGGGAUGGAAAAACCCCACCCCUCAUCUCUCUUUCCUUCCCUCCCCUCUGCCAGUAAAUAUCCGUAUUUAUAAUUGCACUUUUUUUCAUAUUAAUCUGCGUAUACUCCCCCCAACUCUGUUCUCAUAUCAAACGAUUCAUAAAGCAGCUGUUCCGUGGUGUCCGCAUGGAGGCGGUCUGAAGUUCUGUGGUCUGAGAAAGCCACGGUGCCCCUUCUGUGCCUAACAUUGUGGCAGAAUAUAAUAAUAAGCUUAAAUACUCAACUCAUUGUCUAAGGCAACUCAAGUAUGCCCGCCUUGGUAUGGCCAACGACAGGGCUGGUUCCAGUUCAAAAGGUAACUCUGCCACAUUAUCGUUUUUAAGUAGACUUUGAAUUCUAUCUUUUGUUAUCAGAGCCUAGACAAAAAUAUGGUAUUAGAAAAAGGCAGGCGCCAAAGGUGCUUACUUCUGGCCCCUCCUCCCCAAAUUUAUCCAAUCUGCGUUUAGAGGACUUUUGACGUUUUGAUACAGGGUGCCAGCACCGGAAUCCAUCUCUAGAAUCACUGCUCUGGGCCAGGAGCUGAAACAGGAACUGUUUCUACCGAUCAGAAUGGUUUUCCCGGACGUUCUGCAAAGAAGCUGAACACUGGUUUUUUAAUAAGAUGGGAGACCUCCCUGCCGAGGAGGCGGGGAAAGACUCUUCUGGAUUUCUCAGUCUUCUGAGUUGGGAUUUAAACCCAAGGUUUAGCUGCCUGUGGGCCAGUCUGGAGGGCAGGGAUUCCCUUUCAUAACGAUGGCUUUUUAACUCCUGCUGGAUGAGGAUCCUGUCCAUGACCACCGUGGGGGUUGGGUGGCAGAUGAUGGAAAAGAAAUGGGCUUCGGUGUCCUAAGGUCCAAUUUUUUGAGUCCUCUACAGUACACUUCCACGUAGGUUGGGGUGACGGCUGCUGUUUUUUGUACAGACUCUGUUUGUUUUGGAAAAUGUAUUUUGGAAACCCAUGUCGUUGUAAAGACCUCUUUCCCCCAAUAAAACCUCUUCAUAAUGUC